UUCUGGCACUUCACCAUCCGACUGUCACAGCUUUACGACGCUGAUCCUCCAGCCGGCGUGUGAGCAGCUCCGCUCCUCCUUUAAAUAUCCGCUGUCCGUCUGAUGAAGCUGAAGCUGCUGCUGCAGUUCAGUGAGGGUCGUCAGGAGGAGGAGGGCUGCUGUACGCGACUUUUCUUCAAAGGAGCAUCUAAAAUCCAGACGCAAUGCAGUUUGGUUCUCUUCUGCAGGCAGAGAAGAAGACUGUGGAUGGCGAUUUGCUCCCUGAUGCCAACGGCAAAGAUCCCAGCCCAGGGGGACAAACAGAGGGCUCAAAGUGGGAGAGGCCCCGGCUUUCACGCAAAUCGCUGAUGAAGUGCUGCCUCGUCAAGUGGAUAAUCGCCAGCACCACGCAGCAAGGGCCAGACGACACCAGUGACAGUGACCUUGAGCUCUCCAUGGUGCGGCACCAGCCAGAGGGCCUCGACCAGCUCCAGGCCCAGACCCAGUUCACCAGGAAGGAGCUCCAGUCGCUCUACAGAGGCUUCAAAAAUGAAUGUCCCAGCGGGUUAGUAGAUGAAGAAACAUUCAAAACCAUCUACUCACAAUUCUUCCCUCAAGGAGAUGCAACCACAUACGCUCAUUUUUUGUUCAACGCAUUCGACAUGGACAGAAAUGGUUCCAUCCGAUUUGAGGAUUUUGUGUUAGGACUGUCAGUUUUGCUUCGAGGCUCUGUUACAGAGAAACUUCGCUGGGCUUUUAAUCUUUAUGAUAUCAACAAAGACGGCUACAUUACAAAGGAGGAAAUGUUAGCAAUAAUGACCUCUAUAUAUGACAUGAUGGGCAGGUAUACCUUACCCAGCGUACGAGAAGAUUCCCCGUUUGAGCAUGUGGAGAAGUUCUUCCAGAAAAUGGAUAGAAACAGGGAUGGAGUUGUGACAAUAGAUGAAUUCAUCGAAACCUGCCAAAAGGAUGAAAAUAUAAUGGCUUCCAUGCAGCUCUUUGAGAACGUCAUUUAGUUUCUGCAAAGAAAAUUGGACCUUAUAAUAAAUCUUCCUUCAAGCUCUAACACUGAAUUAAUGCCAAUUGUAUUCUAACAGAGAUAAUUUUUGGCAAGAAAACACUUAGGACACAUUUAUAUAAACUAGUAAACCGUUCCUGUAAAAUGUGAACAUGCAAAGAACUGUGCAGUAUCCACCACAUCACUUUAAAAGCUAUGUUUCUUUGCAUGAAAAUGUUUUUUUUAUAUAUAUAUAUAUAUAUGAAAAGCAUCCUCAUUUCAAGAUGCGCAUGAAUGUUUUCCUGCAGUUUAAAAGCAUGUGAUAAAAACGCUUUGGAUGCAAACAAAGGAUUUGUUGUCUUUUUUUAUGCUCUUUGAGAUGUAAGUGCGUGAGAAUACUUUAUUAUGAAAUAACACUGUGGUGAUUAAACUUUGCUGUGGUGUCCUGGAUUUUUUUUAUGUUAUGUUGGGAAGCAUAUCUGCCUGUUUAAGUCUAAACUGUGUUUUUGGGAGGAAAUUUGCCACAUGCUUCUCACGCGCCCCUCAAUUCCUAAAUGGAUGGAUAAGAAAGAAAGUCAGACGGUUAUUUUUUCUGAUACUUAUCCAGGCUUGAAAAAUCUUUAAAUUUCACACUCUUCCAGGCGCAUUUGUCCAUCUUAUUCUGAAAGAUUUAAAAAAGACUUCAGAUCAGGACUUUGAAAUAAUUCUCUAGCAUUUGGCGUUGAUUGACUACUCACUAAACUUGGGUCUAAAGUCCAUUUUGCUGUCUGAUAUAUUCUCCCUCAAUGAGGCAACUUGAUGGAAGCUAUAUGUUUUAAUCACUUCUCACAAGCUGUCAUGUAAAUCUGGCCUUAAAGAUAUUAACUUAUUUCAAAUAACAAUUUAUUUUACUAAAUGGUUUUAUAUAUUUCAGUCCUCAUAAUGGAACAGCUUUUUAUUUAGCCAAUAAGGGGGGAAUCACCUGCAUCAGCAGAAGCAUUGAGGCUGUCCUGUAGGCCUGUUGUUGAACAUAUGAGAUUGUUUUUGGGGGCGGGGCUUAACUGGAUGCUGGCUGAUGGUAUGGAGGUGAUAAUGAAAGCCAAAGGGCUGCUCUGCUGCACUGUAAGUGUUGCUUGAAAAGAGACCACAGCUUCAGCAUCAGAACCAAUCUGUUGAACAAGACAGGAAGGUAAGGCAUCUUUUUUUUCCCCAUUAAAUGAAAAACUAAAAUAUUACACUCAUCCUAUCAUCACAAAGGUUAAAUCCAGAAGAAUCAAACUACAAACGUGGGGAAUAAGAACACUUCUAAUUUCUCAAUUCACUAUUUUAAAUUUAUUAGAAAAUGGUAUCAUUUCCUUGGCAAGUUUUCAGUUUUAAAUCAACACCAUGCAUGAGGUCUGAGUGUUUAGAACUGUAAACACUUCUAUUCACUUUUUUACAUUUUAGAACUAUUCUAUUCCUAAAUUACAUGCACCAUGUGUGAUAUAAUAUUUAAUUGUUGAUAAGAAGAAGAAAGUAAAACAACUCCAAUAUGAAAAGGAGAAAUCUGCAUCACAGAACCCUCAGCUAAUCCCAGUGUUGACAGAGCAUGUGGUGGACGGUUCUGGAUCUCUGCUGUGUUAGCAGAGGGGAGUGUAUGACUUUGUUUGUGCAGUAACAAUAAAUCAAAAGCCAGUUUGAACACCUGCCAACAGACAUAUGUCCCCUCUGUCAUCCACAAAAACAAAUAAAGAGUUCAAUAUCAACCUAACUAAAGUAGUUUUGAAAUUUAAGGCUACAUCCUUCAGGUUUGUUCAAACUGUGACUGAUGUUUUUUGCAGCUUUCCAAUGAUGGCUGUUCAGUUGAAGCUUCUCUCAUUCUGGGUAGUGAUGCUGCUCACAGCUGCUUUGUGCCCCGGGUCGCUCAGCAAGCGAGGAGGCAGCUCCCGAGGUCACGGUAAAGGUGAUGGCGAUAAAGCGUCCCCAUCCCAAGGCCGAGGCCUCUCCAAGAAGGGC